AUGUCGCGCUCGGGCCAGCACAUAUCCCUCCACGUUCUCACUCCCUUGACCAGCACAGACUCGUCGCCGCCCGGCAAGCUGCCCAGCCCGCGCCCGACCACGCGCACGUAUGAGACGAUGCACGCGACCGCCUCUUCCUCGCACGCGCCGCCAUCGAGCGCCCUCGCCAACGGCACCGACGCCAUCACGCCCGUCAACACGCCGCCCGAGACGCGAACUUCCGUCUUCCCCGCGGACGGCGUGCUGGGCGCGCGCCUGAACUACGACCCCGUCCUCGACACGAAGCUCGACAAAAAGGCGAGGCAGCAGAGACAGCCGGUGUACAAGCCGAUAGUGGACAAGGGCGACCCAUCUCCUCCACCCGACCCGCGGCUGGCAAUUGCCGGCUAUACGACGGGGAAAUAUGCCAUCAAGACGGUGGGCACGGUUGCCCCCAAGACCAAGCUCCGCAUAGCCCCCUAUGUCGCAAAACCCUACUCCUACGAUGCCCGCAUAUCAUGUGGCCCAGGGCCUGCUACUCAAGUCGUCGUGACAGGAUUCGACCCGUUGACUUCAGAUUCGCAAUUGCGCGGAUUCUUCUCCACGUACGGCGAGGUGGAAUCUGUGCAGAACCAGGUUCAUCCCGACAACGGCAGCUCUCUGGGGAUAUGUCUGGUCAAAUUUCGCGACACUCCGGCCUCGCGGAGAACCGCAGCUGUCAAAGCCUCGACUUCGGCCAAGCGGGCUGAGCGGGAAGGCACAAACCAGCGUAUUGGCCUUCAGACGGUCAGGGUGCAUACAGACCGCGAGGGGCGAAGGUGUACGAAAUUGGUCAAUAUGGCGGUGCAGCAGACUCGGAAAGAGGAGGAGAAGCUGCGGGCCAAGAUUGCGGCGCAAACAGCAAAGGUUCCUACUGCAGAUACGCCGGGGAGCUUUGAUUUGCCGGCGAACGUGCCAAAAGGCCCCUCCGGGAAACGCACACGCAUACCACGAGAGGCGUUGUCUCGAAAAGCAGCCCUGUCUCAGAUUAUCGAACGCGAACCGAUCAAGCCAACCCUCAAGCGCAAGCCCUACCUGUUCAUCGCAAGUUCAUACGUACCUGUACUCGCCCCAACGGUUGCACAUCUGAAGAAGCGUUUAAAGAACUUCCACUGGUCUACUGUGCGCUGCGAUCAAACCGGAUACUACGUACUCUUUGAAGAGUCGAAGCGCGGUGAAGUUGAGGCGGUUCGGUGCUUCCAGGAGUGCCAUAUGCUUCCUCUGUUCACAUAUGUUAUGAACAUGGAGUGCAAUCAGUAUGGCGACCCACAGUACGAACGGAGCCCGAGUCCGGAGCGCGUUGUAGCGAACAACAAGAAGAAGGCGAUUGAGGAUCAGAUCGCGCAAGAAGAGGAGGAAGAUUGGGAAAAUGAGAAGAAAGAGAGGGCAGAAUUGUUGGAUCCUGCAGUCGCGGGUAUCGAGUCACUCAGACAAGAGCUCACAGAGAAGCUAAUGGGCGAUAUCAAGACUCGCAUUGCCGGUCCCCAUCUACUUGACCUCAUGGACCCUGAUCGCCAUGUGGACAAGCGUCGGAAACUGAACAUCUCGGAUCCGCCGAACAAGGAAAACGAAUCGCAGCUUUCUUCGCUACUCGUACCUGGGUUGGAUCACUUUGCAGCUGGAACACCCAAGUCUCGUGCUGCGGGUUUUGCUGGACGCUAUGGUCGAAAGGCGCUUGCUCCGUACGACCACAAUCGGGGGCGUGGAAAGAAGGCUCCGCGUAUUGUGAACGCCUUUGCAGACGAGCGACGAAAGACAUCGGCACCGAAACCACGUGUUGCACGCGGUCUUCAUCGACAGAUGAUGGAGUUGCUGGAGAGCCCUGAACAGUCGGACGACGAAGAUCGCAGUCCGCUCACGCGUACUACAGAGGAGCAGGAGAGUCGCCCUAUCAGCCGCGCUCCCUCAACCGAUGUCGAAGAGGAAGAAGAAGGGUCUUCUAGGGCUCACCGCGCUAAGAGGAGGCGCUUUGCAGCAGGUUGGGGUGAAGAUAGUGAUGAUGAGAUGAUGGAUGAUUCGCAUGCCCGAAGUUUGCUUGCCCAUUGUAUUCACAAAGACCCUGAAAACAUGGCGGAGAAAGAGUUGGAACAAGUACUUGCUAUUCUCCCUCGUUCUUCGCCAAUCUGGAAGAAAGCAGACAAAGCUCUCAAAGGUUUCAGAAAGUUGCGGAAGAUUGAGCAGGAAGCCGACGCAAUCUUUGGAUUGGCAGCUGCCCAGGAAGACAAACUUGAGCCUACAGUUAUCAUCACCCAAGACGACGAAGCACUUAAACCCAUCGAAACAACCGAGCAAGUCGAGGCUCCCAAGAAGAAACCGAUCCCGAAAUCGAAGAAGAAGACGAAAAAGCAACUUGAGGAGGAGGCCAAGGCUGCAAAGGUGGAGAUCUCGGAAGCUAUUGCGAUUGUGGAGGAGGAGAUUGCGGAAGUUGAAGGGGCAGAACAGACUGCAGAAGCAGGUAUGAUUGCGCGGACGCCAGACGACGACGAUCAAGGCUCUGUGUGCUGGGCCGUUUCAACAACAGAACCACGGAAGACAGUCGAGGAUGAUCUCAGUGUGGUGAUGGAUAUUGACGGUUGGCAACACAUGCUCAAAGACGAGGAAGACUUGCGUCAUCUCAAGGCUGCUAUGCAGUCCAUUGCUGCCGCUAACAUUGGGGAUGCUCAGUCUUGGGCCUGGAAGCAAAAGUCGAUCAAGCACCUCAACCGGCCCGGCGAAGAGGGUGUCUCUCGUACUGAGACUAAGAUCGAGGGCUACUUUGUUUCAAACUCAACUGGUUCGGCAAGGACAGACGGUGUCAAGAAGAUACGCGAGUCUGAGAAGUCGAAAUACCUCCCACAUCGUAUUCGUGUCCAGAAAGAACGCGAGGAACGUCAGCGCCAGGCCAAACAGGAAGAACGGACUGUCAUCUCAGUGGAGGGAUUCAAGUUCCAGACUGGUUCUCAGAAGACUUCGACUGCAAAUUCUCGAGCCAAUCGUGCCAACAACCGUCGCAUGGUGAACGACAUUAAUAUCUCCAAGAACAUGAGUGGUGCUGAAGGUGACGCUUUGCGCUUCAAUCAGCUUAAGAAGCGGAAGAAGCUCGUCAAGUUCGAUCGAUCUGCCAUUCAUAAUUGGGGUCUGUACGCCCAGGAAAGCAUUGCAGCAAACGACAUGAUUAUCGAAUACGUCGGGGAGAAGGUACGACAACGUGUUGCCGAUCUGCGCGAAGUCAAAUACGACAUGCAAGGCGUUGGAUCUAGCUAUCUUUUCCGUAUUGAUGAAGAUACCGUCAUCGACGCAACCAAGAUGGGUGGCAUUGCUCGUUUCAUCAACCACAGUUGCACACCUAACUGCACGGCCAAGAUCAUCCGCGUAGACAACACGAAGCGAAUCGUCAUCUAUGCCCUGCGGGACAUUGGGCAAGACGAGGAACUCACCUACGACUACAAAUUCGAGCGCGAAAUGGACGCUACAGACCGUAUCCCCUGUCUCUGCGGUUCCAUCGGCUGCAAGGGCUUCCUCAACUGA